GGCGCCGCAGCAGCACGAGGGCGCGGCCCCGCCCGGGCCGGGCAGCCUGCAGGGCGCGGCGGGCCCCGGCGCCGCCGGGGCGGGCCCCGCGGCGGCGGCCCGAGGUCCCAGCAUAGCCUCCAAGAAGUUCAAGAUUGUCAACCCGAACAACGGCGAAGAGGUUAGAGCCGUGAGCCAGGCCGAUACUUUGGCGUCUCCGGGACCCGCCGCAACCUCCCAGAAUUUCAAGUUCAAUGUGGACGCAUUGCCGUUCAUGUCACCGCAGGCAGCUCUCCCGGGUGCGGACAACGACCUCGGCAUUGUGGCACAUCAGGCCGCUGGAGUCAGAGCAGAGGCAGACCACGCGGUCUUCAACGAUGCUAUGUGCUUCAGCAGCUCCCCAGUGCCGCAUCAGGUUGCAGACAGCACGGCGCCAGAAGCUAUGUGCUUCAGCAGCUCCCCAGUGCCGCAUCAGGUUGCAGACAGCACGCCACCAGAUGACGCCAGUGCGGUCUACUUGGGGAGCGCUUCCGCGGUGCCGUGGCCCAUGGCAGCGGCGAUGAGCAGCUCUGCAGCAGCGGCACGCGAGUUCGAGGAUCAGCCGGCGCAGUGGCUAGGCGCUGACCCAAUGGCGGACGGCCUUUGGUCGACGGCUCUCGGCCCCGCCGGCGCCGCCCUGGGGCCGCCCGUGGCUGCGCCCUUGCGGCCGG